CAUGACCCGAGGGAGGCCAAAGGGGGAAACCGGUCACGUGGCGGGGGUUGGUUGGCUGGCUGGCUGGGUGAAUGUGCCGGGCGGCGGGCUUGAGGGGAAUCGCCCGGGCCUAAGCAAGGGGAAGGCGGGCAGGGAGGCAGGCGGAGAAGAAGAAGAAGAAGGCCAAGAAGAAGGGCCUCCCUUCCUUCCUUCAUUUUUUUAAGGGCGAGGUUCCUGGUUUGUUGCGGGGGAAAGAAACCGUUUUGGGCGGCGGGUUUGGCUCUCCUCUGAGAAGGCCUCGAAGAAGGAGGAGAAGGAGAAGAAAACAACAACCCGCCAGAAGGAAGGCUGAGAGGGCUCAUUUCCCAACUCUGAAGAGUAACAUUAGCUAGUUGGGGAGGGGCUCCUGAAGCAAGGAGGAAAAAGGCGCUUUGGGGGGAUUAUUUUGGUAGGAAAAAGAGGGGAUGGCAGUAACGGGAAAGUAAUAGGAGUAGAGGCAACUAAAAAUAGAAGAAUUACUUUGGAAAUAUAUUAGUUUAGAAGAGCAACAGAGGAGGAGUUUUAGUCAGAAAUACCACAGGCCCCAAAGAGUAGAGAGAAAGAGUUUGCUAUUGAGGCCUGCUUCUGCCUGCCUUGGGUUUCCAGUCUGUAGCUUUUCAGGAACUCGCUUGUAGAGCCGAAGGAGAGUAGCCACUAAAAGGAGGGUCAGAAUACAUCCCUAGCCGGGUCUCAUCGUUGGGGUUUUCCAACCAAUCCAUAUCCCGGAGCAUCCAGAGGCCAUGCAGAAAGAGGAACUGGGCAUGGAUGAGAACCGCAACCCAGAAGAGGAGCUGCACCUCCUGGCAGCCAAGAAGGAGAAAUGCCACAACCUCAGCAACCGCAUCCGCACAGGGGGUGGAGCAGAGCUGGGCUACAGGCCAAGCCAGGUCUCCAGAGAAGGGUCGUGGGAGUCAAAUGGUUAUACCACCCCAGCUGAGAUAGCAGAUGAGCCCAGUGUUCCCCUAAGCCCUUCUAACAGCCUUAACAUCCGCAACCUCCAGUUGUCUGAACGGGACCCUCCAGUUCCUCAUCACCCGCGCCGCUACCCUCCUCACUUCUACCACGGCCGGCCCUUCCAUGCUGCCUACCGCAAGACCUACCGAGGGAGCCCCUCAGACCGCAAAGAAUGGGGGCCCAGCACCAAUGGCCACCACCACUGUGCUCCGGAGGGUCUUUCCAAUGGGCGAUGGCAGCACCGGCGCCGGGGCUACUCUGACCCACCUUCCCCAUCCUCCUCCCCUGAGUCGGAGCGAGGCGGCACCGUCAAAACAAGUGAGAAACCUGCUGUGGCAACUAACACCAGUGGCACAGCCACUGAAGAGUCUGGAAAGGAAACAUGGUCGCUCUUCCGGCCUCUUCCCGCUUUCCCGGUCGAUAGCAGCAGCGCCCGGAUCAUCCCCAAGAUCUCGUACGCCAGCAAGCUGAAAGAGAACUUGGAUCAGCCAGGGAAAGCCUGCCAUGUUCCUGCCUCCGCCGUCCGCACCACGAAUAGCCUCCCCAACUGUGUCUUGGCGCCACCCCCAAGCAGCUCCCCACCUACUGACAACAGUCGGCGACAGCAUCUGGGAGCCAUCUUCCAAAAUGAAUGGGGCCUCUCCUUUAUCAACGAGCCAGGGGCUGGGCAUGGAGGGGGUGGCGGAACAGCAUCAGAUAAGGAGGAAGAGGAGGUGGAUCCUGGAGCAUGCUGGGAAAAAAUGGAAGCUGGUGACUGGCAAGCUGCAAGAAAUUAUCAUUUGGAAGAGUGGAGUCAUAUAUGGGAACUACACAAUCAAGCUCCUAGCAGAGUGAUGGUCUACACGGAUACCUUGGACGGAAAAGGUUAACUCCAAGAAAGCCCAGGGGAAGCACCGCUAAGAUAUGAGGGGGAACAUGGGGAGAGGCCCAGCGCCUGCCCCUAUCCCCCCUUGAAGACCGGAGAAGCCCAGGCAUCUUGAAAGGGGAAGCUACGCCACCUGCCUACCUCCCUCCCUCCGCUGUUAUAAGCCCAAAUUGCCCCGAGUGGGGCUCAUGUCUCAUCCCCACUCCUUUCCCACUGAUUCAAUGCUCUGGUUUUUAAUUUCUUCACAUGGUUUUUAAUUUCUCUGGAUUCCCCUGAAAAUAAAGGCAAAAAAAGAAUUUAUUUAAAUUCA